AAACAGGAUCCCUGCGUUCUACUAUCUGGUCCCGUCUCUGUGGUGUCAGUGCUGUAGUAGCUGCAGGAGCUGUGUGGAAGUUCAGGGACUUUUUUUGUAUAACGCGGAGCAGAGAGGGACUCCCUGCGCACACCCCGGGCCGUCAGUCAGUCAGUCAGCGAGUCGGUCAGUGACUCGGUCGGUCCACCACCUCCACCCCGGCGGGCUGCGCAUCCGUCCGUCCACCUGAGGUCCGCUCCCCACUCUUUAACCUCACCAUGGAUUCGUGGACCGUCACCUCCGCGCUUCUCCUCGCUGGGUUUAUUUCCUCCGCAGCUUUGAAUCAUUUCGACACCGAGUGCUACACUGCCAACGGAGAGGACUACAGGGGCCUCCAGAACCAGACCGGCCUGCAUGCUGGUAAACCCUGUCUCUUCUGGAACGAGACCUUCCAGCACCCGUACAACACCCUCAAGUACCCCAACGGAGAGGGAGGCCUGGGCAGCCACAACUACUGCAGAAAUCCCGACGGGGACGUUCAGCCAUGGUGCUACAUCGCCGACAACGAGGACAGCAUCUACUGGAGAUAUUGUGACAUCCCCUCAUGCCAGAUGCCUGGGAACUUGGGCUGCUUCAAAGACAGCGGCGACCCGCCCACCCUGUCGGGCACCAGCGAGACCUCCAACAAGCUCACCAUCCAGAACUGCAUCAGCUUCUGUAGGAAGCAGAGAUACAAGCUCGCCGGCAUGGAGUCCGGAUAUGCCUGUUUCUGUGGCAACGAGGGGGACCUGCCCGCCCAAGGCGAGUCGCCGAGCAUGGAGUGUAACCACGUUUGCUUCGGCGACCACACCCAGCCCUGCGGCGGCGACGGCUGGGUCAUCAUCUUCGAUACCCGAGUCGGCGCCUGCGGUGGAAACUACUCCGAUCCAUCCGGAGUGAUCUACUCCCCCGACUUCCCCGACAUGUACGGGGCCGGCCGCGUCUGCUACUGGACCAUCCAGGUUCCCGGAUCGUCCGCCAUCCUCUUCAACUUCACCUUCUUUGACAUUUCUGAUCAGACGGACAUGGUGGAGCUACUGGACGGCUACACCAACCGGGUGCUGGCGCGCUUUGACUGGCGCAGCCCGCCACGGGAGCUGGUGAACGUCACGGGCGACUUCGUCGUACUCUACUUCUACUCAGACCGCACCAACCAGGCCCACGGCUUCGCUCUGCUUUACCAAGCUUUGAGAAGCCAGGACACCAGGACCAUGGAGGCCGAAGGAGAUGAUGAGGAGGGAGAGGACGUCUCCAGCACGGCGGGGCCUCAGCUGGCGGCCGGCGGCGGCGUCACCGAGCGAUCCAACAGCACCUCCAACGGACGUUCCUCCCAUAUCCUCUACGUGAUCACGUCCAGCCCCGGAAAACCGGAGCACAACAUGCCAGGUCAGUGGGCUGGACGCGGCGAGACCACCGGCCACAGCGCUAUGUGGACCAUCUACGCUCUGGCCGCCCUCCUCAUCCUGACCGUCAUAGCCAUGGUGGCCAAGCUGCUGCUGCACAUCACAGUCAAGUCUCCCAACAUCCCGACGGUCAGCGGCUCCGACAGCUGCAGCCAGAGCACAGCGUCCUCCGAGCCCUGGAUCAUCCUGUACCGACCCUCCACCAUCUCCCUCUUCAAGAAGAAGCUAAAGAACCACCACGGCGACCUCAGCCCCCUGGUGGGCAACUAGCGCCACCGCUGCGCUUUUUCGCCAUUAACCAAACGCUACCGCCACCCACAACUCUUCUGUACAAGGGCCAUCAGAUGUCAGGCCCCUCAGACAAUGAAACUCUAUGAGGCGCUGCGCUGACAAGCCAACGACCGAGUGGCUAAUGACAAUGACAGUGACUGCUGCGAAACGGCCCACGGGCCCGCGUGGCUGCGCCCGCGCAUCACGCUCAGCACCAAAGAGGAGCGGGACAGGCCGGGCUGUCAGGGAGCACAGAGCGGGAGAGGAGAGCCGAUCUGCAGCUCUGACAAAGACACGACUUUGAAUACGCAGGAAGUUUCCCUCUGGUCCAUUUUCAGACCCCGACGAUCAACGCACCUCCAAACCCCUUCCAGUGAAAACAGCACACAGCUGCUGGACAGAGGCUAACUUCACUGUCAGUUUGGGGGGGUGGGGGGGGUUUCCUCCUCCUGGUGCUCCAGAGUCACAGAGGGCACCACAGCAUCGUCAGCAUGGAGGAGAGGAUGAAGAAGUGGAGUCAAGGACACUCACACACACCUCCAGUACACUGUAACAGCUCAACAGCUUCACACACACUCUUCUAUCUGCCUCAUACGGACGACCAACACUUGCCGCCCAAAAAAAACCCCCUAACCCUCCCGACCACGGAGCCGCGUAUUUAUCUGUGUUGUUUGAUUCCAGUCUGCAAAGUGCUGAUGUUUCUUUUUGUUGUGUUCUAACAUGAAAACCAGUUUUCUGAGGAGAGGGAACCAGGACAUGGGAAAUGUCACACAGAGCGUAGCUGUCGCAGCCGUUUGGGGUCGAGUCGCUCGCUGUUAAAGGGAAAAGAUCAGACGGAACGAGAGCGCGCUCGCCCACUCGCUCGGCGCUCAGUGGAUCUGGGUGGAGA